AUGGUCCGAGUAGGCGCAGGUAUUGAGAAAGCACUACGCAAUGAAAUCUUGUCGGUCCUGCGAGAAUUUAAAGAUGUCUUUGCUUAUACAGUGGAAGAGAUGUCGGGGAUAGACCCAUCCAUCAUGACCCAUCACCUUCACAUCAAACCAGAAUAUAAACCCGUCAAGCAGAAACUAAGGCAUCAAGGGGUGGAACGCAAUGCCGCAGCCGCAGCUGAGGUAAAGAAGCUCCUAGAAGCCGGAUUCAUCAAAGAAUGCCAAUACUCAGAGUGGCUGGAAAAUGUGGUGCUAGUCAAGAAGCCGACAUGCGCUUGGAGGAUGUGCGUCGACUUCACCGACCUUAACAAAGCCUGCCCGAAAGAUGACCAUCCCCUACCCAAGAUUGACAGGUUGGUCGAUUCAACAGCCGGCCACGCCUUAUUCAGUUUCAUGGACGCUAAUGUGGGAUACCACCAGAUCCCUAUGGCUGAAGAGGAUCAGCCCCACACGACUUUCAUCACUAGCCAGGGCGUCUACUGCUACAAAGUCAUGCCCUUCGGUUUGAAAAACGCCGGAGCCACAUAUCAAAGAUUCAUCAACAGAAUCUUCGAGGGGCAGUUAGGUAGAAACGUCCAAGCCUAUGUCGAUGAUAUGAUCGUGAAAUCAAAAGCCAAGGCUGAUCAUGUCACAGAUUUGAGAGAAACCCUUUCAACACUUAGAAAAUAUGGCAUGAAGAUCAACCCACAAAAAUGUGUUUUUGGAGUCAAAGGGGGGAAAUGCCUAGGCUUCUUGGUGGAUGAGAGGGGCAUCGAAGCCAACCCUGAUAAAAUCCAAGCCAUACUAGACAUGAAAUCCCCUCAAACCAUCAAACAAGUCCAAAGGCUAACUGGAUGCAUAGCAGCCAGGGGCGUUUCCUCUCAAGAAGCCGAGAUAGCCUUCCAACAGCUCAAGGAUCAUCUGUCCAGCCUACCAAAACUUGUAUCCCCCCUACCAGGAGAGCCCUUAUACUUGUACUUGGCCAUGUCCGAAUAUUCAUUAAGUGCUGUCUUGGUGGCUGAGCAAGAAAAGACCCAACACCCAGUAUACUUUGUCAGCCAUGCCUACAGAGGAGCCGAGUCCAGGUAUUCUGACAUAGAGAAACUUGUGUUCGCCCUCGUAAUGGCCAGGAGAAAGCUCAAACCCUACUUCCAAGCACACCCCAUCAAGGUUCUCACAAGUCAGCCAAUUCGGAAGAUCAUUGAGGGGAGGAAUCACUCAAGUAGAAUGACUGACUGGGAUGAUCAACUCGCAGACUUCGGAUUAGAAUAUGAGCCGAGAAGAGCAAUCAAAGCUCAAGCCCUGGCAGACUUCAUUGCUGAAUGCACCAACCGCCCUGAGCAAAGCCUCGAUUCCACACCUUGGAUCCUGAACGUGGACGGGUCCUCCUCCAAGUCCGGUAGUGGAGCUGGUAUCCUCAUUGUAUCUCCUUCGGGGGAAAGGUUCGAAUAUGCUGUGAAGUUCGAUUUCAACGCCUCAAACAAUGAGGCUGAAUAUGAAGCCCUCAUCCUUGGCCUAGAGUUAUGGCAAGUGGCUGGAGCAAGCGCCAUACAUGUUUUCUCAGACUCACAACUCAUUGUAGGACAGAUGACGGGGGAGUACGUAGCCAAAGAGGAUAGCAUGCGGAUGUAUCUAAACAAAGCCAAGAACAUGAGCACCGCACUGGCCGAGUUCCAAAUUCAACAUGUCCCAAGGGGAGAGAAUACACAGGCGGAUGCUUUGGCAAGGAUGGCUAGUUCGGCUGAAGGGCUUACCCCAAGAACCAUCAUGUGGGAGGUGUUAAGAAAGCCAAGCAUCAACAAGCCCGCGGUCAACUACCUCGACCGAUCCAACACUUGGAUGGAUCAGAUAAUAGCCUACAAGAGAAGCCAAGAGUUGCCUGAAGAUGAAAAAGAAGCAGCCCAAAAAUCCUACACACACCCACUCCUCAAGUGCAUUACCCCCGAGGAUGGUGAUUAUGUGCUAAGGGAGAUACAUCAAGGGGCGUGUGGAAGUCAUCAAGGGUCUCGAACCACCGCUGGUAAGGCACUCAGAGCCGGAUUCUAUUGGCCCACUCUCCAAGCAGAUGCGGAGAAGCUAGUACGUCAUUGUGAAAAGUGCCAAAAAUACGCUCAAGUCCAACAUCUACCCUCCAACAAACUAACAGCCAUCAUUGCCACACUACCCUUCGAUCAGUGGGGCAUGGACCUCCUAGGCCCUUUUCUCGCCGCAACGGGGCAGAGAAAGUUUUUGUUGGUCGCCAUAGACUACUUCACCAAAUGGAUUGAAGCCGAGCCCCUUGCCUCAAUCACAGACAAGCAAAUUCAGAAGUUCAUUUGGAGAAACAUAAUCACUCGCUUUGGCGUUCCUAGAGCCUUGAUAUCCGACAAUGAAAGGCAGUUCAAUAGCAAGCCCACCGUGGCAUACUGUAAGCAAUUUGCUAUACGCACCUACUUAAGUGCUGUAUCACGGCCACAGACAAAUGGUCAAGCAGAAGCUGCAAACAAAAUCAUACUCCAUGGACUCAGAACCAUGCUAGAAGGGUCCAAAGGGACAUGGGUAGAUGACCUUCCCGGAGUACUCUGGUCUGCCCGAACCACAAACAAGGACGCCACAGGGCGGUCCCCCUUCGAGCUUGUGUAUGGAAGUGAAGCUGUUCUCCCUGUAGAGGUGGGCAUUCCAAGUCCAAGGGUAACGUUCUAUGACUAUGAGGAGAAUGAGAAAAAGAAGAGCCAUGACCUAGACUUGCUUCCUGAAAUAAGAGGUGAUGCCUUGCUCAGAGCCAUUGCCCAAAAAAGGAAGAUGACAAGGCACUUCAACAGAAGGGUUAAGCAUAAGCCCAUCAACCAAGGAGACUGGGUACUAAGGAACAUCUAA